CACGUGGAGACUUCAGCUGCUGUUCAAGGAUCAGCGGGGGGGGGACGCUUGCUGACACCAGAGUUAAUGUUGUUUUAUGUGAUUACCAGGACUCCCACCAUCUAACAACAGUAAUUCCUGCAAACAAAAACACAAUCAGGUUUCAUUUGCAUUUGCCCUUAAGAAACAAUGGUGUUUCUGAAUCUCAUUUUCCGUUGCUGGGAACCGUCGCUUUUUCCAGCAUCUUAAGAGAGAGAGAGAAGCCGGAUCAUCUUUUUCACCGUGUGCGUUUGUAUGCAGAAGGCUACACCCAGCAAGGGAAAGAGGGCUGCAACAUUUUUUGCAUAUCCAAACACUUGGCACAGGUUUUUAGCAGGGAGUGUCCAAACAGAUGAGAUGUCUGUCAGGCUCUGCCACACGUCAGCUGCAUUUCCUACCUUUUCCUCUCACGUACGGAUAGAAGGCGUCUGAUUUGUUGCAGAUAUGAAAUUCAAAGGUGUUUUGAACAUUGUGGCUGGAAUGGUUGUCCUCCUAAUAAUAUGGGGAAUCGCUUCAUUUAAUGCUGGUGAUAGAUCAGCAGAGGUUUUUGUAUAUGAUGACGAUUAUCAAAAGAAACUAAACGUGGAUGAAGGGUUUGAUUCCUCGAAGGUAAAGUGCAGCGUCUCCGAACGCUGUCAGCCAGGUCACUUUGCCUUUCGUAUCCGGAGUGGAGCAGCUAACACAGUCGGGCCAAAGAUCUGUUUUGAUGGUAAAACUAUCAUGAGCGAGGCGCGCAAUAACGUGGGAGGAGGACUGGACAUCGUGGUGGUAAAUGGUAAAACUGGAGUUGUGGAGAACGCUCGCAUUCUUAAUGGAAGCCCACAAGAAACCCUUUCAUUCCUGAAAGACAUUAAACCUGGGAUGAUUGUUUUGGUGGCCUCUUAUGAUAAUGCAAACGGAAUGACGGAUGAGAUCAGGAACUUAUUCUCUGGAAUGGGGAGCUCUAAGGCCAAGUCUCUAAAAUUUCGGGACAACUGGGUGUUUGCAGUGAGAACGGGGCUGGAAAACACACUGCAUUUUGAGAAGAUAAAUGUGAAUGAUGAAAAAAACAACCUUUAUGAGGGAUGGCCAGAAAUGGCGGAGGUGGAAGGCUGCUUCUCAAGUAUCGUCGGACAAGCAAACUUGUCAGACGUCUGAUUGGACGAACGGCAGGAAAAUACUUUUUAUUGGACUUUUAAGACCAUUGUGUUGCCACUCAAAUGUUUUAUACUCUGUCUCAAACUUUAAAUUAUAAACUUAGGGCGGCUGUGGGGUUGAGCGGUCGUCCUCCAACCAGAAGGUCGGCAGUUCAAUCCCCAGUCUUUCCGAUCUGCAUGCCGAAGUGUCUUUGGGCAAGAUACUGAACCCCUAAAUGUCCUCAGAUGUUAAAUUCACUAGUUGUAACUCUCUUUUAUCCAAAUGACGUGUAAUGUAAUGUAAUGGAUAAACAGUAUUUGAUUCAAUGAAAGUUUUCUUUGAUCUCUGCUCCACUUUAUCUGACAUGUCUCUUAUUUUGUUGUUGUGCUCUUUUCCAUUUCACCCUGAAGAUUCUGGAGAACCCUGAAUCUUUUUAUUGAUUUACUUAUUUAUUUAAAAAGUAAAAGUACUGAGGUAUCAUCAGCAAAAAGUGUUUUGUUUUUUUUCCCCACCAACUCUGUGCACUCUUUUUAAUCCUGCCACUGUUUUCUCUUUCCUCUUAAAGGCAGACAAUUCUUGAACCAAAUGCAAACAAAGUCUUGUAAAAAAAAAAAAAAACAGGCCUUGGCAACACUGUGGAGAGUCUUGUGCCUCUGAGACUGUUUAUCCCAUCACGUCCUAUUAAUUCUUCUCCGCACAGUCUCCAAAGUGUGAGAUUUAGCCAAACAGCAGGACGCUCAGCUCAUCAACCAAACAGCAGCAGACUUAGACUUGUCGUCUCAAAUGCCUCAUGUCGUUUGCAUUUUAACAGCCGUUUGCUGUUUCGAGCUCGGAUGAAUAGAGAUGAAACUUUUAGACAAUUAUCACUUUUUCGCAGCAUUUUUUGCAACUAAUGCAAAUGCAAACAUCGAAACGUUAUCAUCCUGCGAUCAUGCUGAGAGCACAGAUUGUAGUUUAACACGACAUAAUCAUACAGGUAAAAAUAGAACAAACCGACUGAACCCGUUUUUAUUCAGCGGGGGAAUAAUUCCUGUUUGACAACUGUUAAUGCUUCAGCAAAUGCGUCACUCAGUGGGAGUAGAAAUUACGCUGUGAUUAAUGAGAUUUGUUAUUUGUCAGCUUUGUGUUUGCCUGAAAAUGAAUUGUGUGCCCUGCAUCAGACUACAUCACACAAAGCACAAUGUGUUAUCUCUGGUUAGUGAGACAUGCCUGACCAGCACUGGUAAGAAACCUUAAAAUAUUCAACGUGGCAAGUUGAUUUCUGUGUCAGUACAAACAUCAGUCAAAUAUUGAUAUGGUGAGCAAAAGGUGCAAGAAUUAGAAAAGGGUCAUCAGAAGUUCUAAUGUUCUGCGAUACUUUAAUUAGUCAGAGAUACAGUGUGCACUGGUGAAUUUCAAAUAAAAUAUUCCACCUGAAAGCAGCAUAUGAAAAA